AUGGUCUUUGAGGAGCUCCUGGAUCAUGUUGGAAGCCUGGGGAGAUUUCAGAUUCUUCAGACGGUUUUCCUUCUUGUCUCCAUGGUGAUACUGUAUCCUCAUAAUCUAUUGGAAAAUUUCACUGCCACCAUCCCUGAUCACUGCUGCUGGGUCCACAUCCUCGACAAUGACACUGUCUCUGCUAAUGAUGCUGUGAUCAUCAGCCCUGAUGCCCUCUUGAGAAUCUCCGUCCCACUGGACUCAAACCUGAGACCAGAGAAAUGUCUUCGUUUCCUCCAUCCCCAGUGACAGCUCCUUCAUUUGAAUGGGACCUUCCCCAUCAUGAGUGAGCUAAACACGGAGCCCUGUGUGGGUGGCUGGAUGCAUGAUCGAAGUACCUUCCACUUCACUAUUGUGACAGAGUGGGACCUGGUUUGUGAAUCUCAGUCAUUAAAAUCAGUGGCUCACUUCCUAUUCAUGGCUGGAUCAUUGUUGGGAAAACUCAUAUAUGGUCAUCUCUCAGACAGGUUUGGGCAUAAGUUGAUGUUGAGAUGUUGUUUCCUCCAGCUCACUGUCUUUGGGACUUGUACAGCCUUUGUUCCCACCUUCCUCAUUUACUGCUCACUACGCUUCUUGGCAGGAUUGUCCGCCACAACUAUCUUGUCAAACAUUUUUAUUCUUAUGUCAGAGUGGACAGUACUCCAGUUCCAAGCCAUGGAGAUGUCACUGUUAUUCAGUGCCUUCAGUAUCGGACAGAUACUCCUGGCAGGACUAGCUUUUGCCAUUCCAGACUGGCGCACACUGCAAUUAACUGUGUCUAUACCCUUAUCUGUCUUUUUUGUGUUCUCCGGGUGGCUGGUGGAGUCUGCUCGGUGGCUGAUUAUCACCAAUAAUUUGAAUGAGGGCUUAAAGCAACUCAAAAGAGUUGCACACAUAAACGGAAAAAAGAAUAUUGGAGAGACCUGAAACUUGACAUUUGUGAGAUCCACCAAGCAGGAAGAAUUGGAUGCAGCCCAAAUCCAAACAUCAGUUUCUGACUUGUUCUGGACACCCAAAAUGCGUGUAAGAAUCUGCUACUUGUCCUUUGUGAGAUUUGCAGUCAGUAUACCUCAUUUUGGCCUGUUGCUCAACCUCCAGCACCUGGGGAGCAAUGUUUUCCUCUUCCAAGUUCUUUUUGGCAUAGUCUUCCUUCUAGGCAAAGGUCUGGCACUUUUGACUAUCAAUCAUAUCGGCCGUGCAGGAAGCCAGACCAUUUUCAUGUUCCUGUAGGGUAUUUCUAUUCUGCUCCUCAUGUUUGUACCUCAAGAAAUGAAGGCUCUAAAUACAGUUUUGGCAACUUUGGGAAUGGGCACUACUUCUACUGCUAUCACCUGUUCUGUUGCCCACUCCAGUGAACUUUUCCCCACGGUAAUCAGGGCAAGAAUUUCAGGAAUCUUUGUAGUGGCCAAUUGUAUUAGGGCAGCCCUGGCUCCCCUCUUGAUGACCCUAGCAAUGUAUUCUGCCCGCCUGCCGUGGAUCAUCUACGGAGUCCCCCCUAUCCUGGCUGGCCUUGUUGUCCUUCUCCUUCCUGAAACCAGGAAUCAGCCUCUGCCUGACAUCAUCCAGGAUGUGGAAAACGGUGUGAGACAGACGCCCCUGAUGGUUUUUCACAAAUAUGCACAGACCCAAACACCAGAUUCUCAUCCUUCAACCUUGGUGCUCCCCAGCGCAAUUUCUUUGGCCAAUGCCAUGGUGACCAAAGAUGAGAAUAGCAAGUAUGAGAGCUACUUCCCCAAAUCUUGCCUUACAAGAUUUACUUGA